AGCAGCCCGGAAGACAGGAAUGCAAGGUCACUUCCUGCCCAGGCCCCUCCCAUCAACCCCUCGUGGGAAAGUUGUCUUCUUUAUCCCCACGCCGGAGGACCCCGCUUGGUGCUUGGAUCUAAUAUCUGAGUGCUGGAAUGUGAGGAGGACUGUUCACAAAAGAGAGCUGAGCAAGUGACCACUGGUGAUCAACUGCUAGAAGGAUCUGAAGAGAUUUGUUUUGGGGUCCCUGAAAUCCAGUUUGGAACAGAAACCUUGUGGAGUAAAAAACCCAAACUAGCCUUCGUUCGGGAGGCAAAUACUGGAAGUGUAGAGCUGGGUGAGAGAUGCUGGAGGCGUAAAAGGACACAGAGGAACCAAGACAGCUGCAGAAACUGCUUCUGUCAGGGAACCUGCAGAUGGCUGAAGAAUCAUACAUUUGUUCUAAUUGCGGGCAAAUAUUUCAAGGGACUUUGGCCUUGAGGGCGCAUGAGAAGACUCACAUAUCAGAGCAAAUAUGUAAGUUCUCACAGUGUGGGAGAAUAUAUACUUGUCAUUCUGACCUCAUACACCAGAAGAGCCAUGUAGGACAGAAACCUCAUCGAUGUGCUUCGGAUGGUGGCGAAUUCUCCAGUCAGAAUGUCCCCCUGCCCCAAGAUACCUGUCUGGCAGAGAAGUUAUUGGCACAGUCUGUGAAGAAAGAAGCUACGUUCUCUGAGGCAGAAGGAGCUUCAUUGGAGCAUGAGCAGAGGGCGCAGGCCGUGGAGUGUGCCCACGAUGCCCUCUCCUGUGAAGCCAGAAGUAUAAGAGACACUACCGUGGAGACAGACAGCGGCCUCGCAUCCAAAGAAAGACUGGAGAGUAAUUUCUCAAGAGGAUCCCGAGAGCAUAUUUCCUUCCCUUAUGAGCUGGCGGAGACAGGGGAUGAUCACAGGAAUGAGGAGAGCGAAGAACUUCAUCAGCAGAUGCCAAAUGUAGUCAAAAACGAAGACAUGAAAGAAAAUGUCCGGAACCAAGGCAGACCUAAAAGAAAGAAAGCCGGCUGUGGGGCUGAGAAGCAAGAUGGAAGCAGGCAUAGUUUACAUUUUUCAAAGCACAGCAUAAUGAAGGCAAGUAAAUGCAUUCAGUGUGGAGAGUUCUUCAGGAACAGAUCACAGCUCCUUGUGCACCAAAUUACACACAGAGGGGAGAAACCUUUUCAACACACAGAGCGCAGAAAGAGAUUCAGUAGGAGUAGCACUCUUCAGCAGCACCAGAGUACCCACACAGGAGAGAAACCUUUUCCAUGCUCAGAAUGUGGAAAGAAAUUCAGUAGGAGUGCCCAUCUUCAACGACAUCAGAGAACUCACACGGGAGAGAAACCUUUUGAAUGCUUAGAGUGUGGAAAGAGAUUCCGUGAGAGCGACCAUCUCCAACUGCACCAAAGAACUCACACAGGGGAGAAACAUUUUGAGUGCUCAGUGUGCGGAAAGAGAUUCAGUCAGAGUAACCACCUUCAGUUGCAUCAGAGAACUCACACAGGAGACAAACCUUUUGAAUGUUCAGAGUGUGGAAAGAGAUUCACUCAGAGUAGCCAUCUUCUAGAGCAUAAAAGAACCCAUACUGGGGAAAAACCUUUUGAAUGCUCAGAUUGUGGAAAGAGAUACAGUCAUAGUGGCAGUCUUCAACUACAUAAAAGAACCCACACAGGGGAAAAACCAUUUGAAUGUUCAGAAUGUGGGAAGAGAUUCAGUCAAAGUGGCCAUCUUCAACUGCACCAUAGAAUUCACACAGGGGAAAAACCAUUUGAAUGCUCUGAGUGUGGAAAGAGAUUCAGUGAGAAUGGCACUCUUCAACGACACCUAAGAACCCACACAGGGGAGAAACCAUUUGAAUGCUCAGAAUGUGGAAAGAGAUUCAGUAUGAGUGGCAGUCUUCAGUAUCAUCAAAGAACCCACACGGGCGACAAACCUUUUGAAUGUUUAGAGUGUGGGAAGAGAUUCAGUCAGAAUAACCAUCUUCAAGAGCAUAAAAGAACCCAUACAAGAGAGAAACCGUUUGAAUGCUUAGAGUGUGGAAAGAGAUACAGUCAUAGUGGCAGUCUUCAACUGCAUGAAAGAACCCACACAGGGGAGAAGCCGUUUGUAUGCUUAAGGUGCGGAAAGAGAUUCAUUACCAGUCGCUAUCUUGAACUGCACCAAAGAACCCACACGGGGGAGAAACCUUUUGAAUGCUCAGUGUGUGGAAAGAGAUUCAGACAGAGUUGCCAUCUUCGACUGCACCAAAGAACUCACACCGGGGAGAAACCUUUUGAAUGCUCAGACUGUGGAAGGAAAUUCAAUAGGAGUAGCCAUCUUCAACGACAUCAGAGAACCCUACACAACAGAGAAAGCUUUUGAACGCUCAGAGCGUGAAAACGGAUUCAGUUUGAAUUGCUAACUUUAACAGGACCUAAGAACCCAUAUGGAAGAAACACGUUGAGUGCUCAGAUUGUGGAAGGAGACUGAGCAACAAUAGCAGUCUUCAGAGGCGGUAGAGAACCGACACAGAGUGUGGAGUUUCCCUCAGCAUGGAAAUUUUCUACAGCAUCUAAGAACUCACACAAGGAGAAGCCAUGUAACUGCUUAGCCCAUAUGAAGCAUUGAAACUAUAUAGAAUCAUAGAGUUGGAAGGGGAAUUGUGCAGAGGGUUGGACAAGAUGACCCUAGAGGUCCCUUCCAACUCUAUGAUUCUAUGAGAACACAAGCACUACUUAUGGUUUUUAGACCAGGUUUUAAUGUCAUUUUCCUGUAUUAUAAACCAAGGUAUUGUA